UGUUUUGUCUCCCUUCAUUUUGAGAGUUGUACUCGUCCAAAUGAGGUGUAUAAGGUGUCCUUGGAUAGCCUUUGAAGUCUAGUAUCUCAAUUGAGUGGUCUUUGUUCGAGGAGAGAAAGAUUAUCUUACAAAAAUCGAGCUGGAGUGAGUGGUGGUCUGUGAACUCGAGCUGUGAGGGUGCUGAGACUGUUUGGUUGAUAUCUCGAGUUUUACCAAUCCAAUUAAGGCGUAUGAGAUACCAAAAGAAAGCUCUCAAGACGAGGAAUCCGUGAAGGUCUGGUUUGCAUCAAUCGGAGUAGAGGAAGGCUUCCAAAUCGUCCGAGCAAAAAAACACAACCUCGCAGAAACGGAUUUACUCUUCUAAAGAAUCGAGUUAGCUGGAAAACACCCGUUCUAGGGGCUGUUUUCGUAUCAACGAUUAGGGGUUGAAAUAGCAACUUGAGGAAGCUGUUUAACACCCAUUUUCAAGCAAGGAACCAGUUCUCAAUCUUCCUUGGCCGAGGCUUUGGUCAUUGGAUCGAGAAGGAAGGUUUUAAAAGCUCAUUUGAGGUUGAGGCUAGAGCUUGCUUCCUGUGCUCGUUGCUCGAGAGAUCAUAUAGGAGGGAAGACUUGGUUCGUGCUUCCUCCAUUCUGUUUUUAAACAUUAAUAAACAUGCUCAUGGAUAUUUUACUGUAGAGCCUGCGUGCUCAUGAAUAGCCUUGUGUGGCCCCUUUCGUUUUAAACAAUGUUUUCCGCUGCGUUACGAAUUACUUAUUAUGUUUGUUUAUGGAUGUGUAUGUGUGAAUGAUAUUCAAGACGCCUUGUAUAUUAUGAAUGUGUUGGACUGCGGUUGACUAUUCAUAUUGUACGGCGGGUUGUUGACGUGUCCGGAUAGGUCCGGGGCGUGACAAUUAAGUUGGUAUCAGAGCCUUAGUCCAUAAACUUCAUAAUGAAGUCUCAAAAUUCUCUUUUUGAAAAGAUUUUGAAAACCAUGAGCAUAGAAGUUUUGUACUUGGAGAGCUUUUGGUACUUGGGUUGCAAGGUCUCUAAUUGUUAAGAUGGUACCCUUAGCAAUUGGUAUGGCGGUGACUCGAGCCAAAAUGUGUCUUAAGUACCUAUCCGUCAAUUGACAUUUGAUACGAGUCUAACGACUCUUUCCAAAUUUCUUUCAGAAAUGGACCGUGGUGGCAGGAUUACUAGGAGAAACCCAACGGGCCGUGUACCAGUGGAGACUGGACAGGGCAGUCGAAGGACCUCUAGGGCAUCUAGAGGAGCUGGCCGUGGAGGCCGAUCACAGACCGUGAGUGACGGUCAUGUCGACACAGAAAGUGAAACCUACUGGUCCUACGAGGACUCGACUUACCAACCGGAAACCGAGCCGGUUGAGACCCCUUACGAAGGGGAUGACGAUGAUGUGAGUGAUGAAGAAGGGGAGAAUGACUCCCUAGCAAGAAUUGAGGCGCUACUCCAACAAUAUCAGCGGGAGCGCGAGGAAAGGAGGGAACGCCGAAGGCGCCGAGGAGGGCGAACUUCGGGUGGGGCUUCAAGAGGAAGAAGCCAUGGAGACUCUAGGGCCCACAUUGAACCACAUGGGGGCCGGGGUGAUGGAGGUCCGAUCAUAAGGAUCUCCAAAUACCUCAAAGAGGCACGAGACUUGGGGUGCAAACCCUUCAAAGGAGCGGGUGACAUCUCGGUUGCCGCCGAAUGGAUCAAGAGGUUGAACGAAGCAGCCCUUGAUAUGCAACUCACCCCCGAAUUUAAACUAAGGGUGGCGGUGAGGUUGCUUGAAGGGAUGGCAUCCACAUGGUGGGACGGAGCCAAGGGAAAGUAUGGCAAUACCGUGACUUGGGAGGAGUUCCGACAGGAGUUCUUUGCCCAAUACUAUUCUGAUUUUGAGGUGAACAAUAAGAGGAGAGAGUAUACCCUCCUGACCCAAGGUGGCACGAUGACGGUGAGGCAACUUGAACACAAAUUCAGGGAACUCGCGGAAUUCAUACCGGAGUACAUAUGUGAUGAGAACCGGAUGGUGAAUCACUUCUGGGAUGCCUUGGACCUUGACAUACGCGAGAGGGCAACACAAUUGCCUAAUAUGACGUUUAGUCAAGUGGUUGAACAAGGCCUGAAGGGAGAGAAGGAGUGGGAGGAAAGAAAACGAAGGAACGCCGAGGAGGCGAAGAAGAGGAAGUAGGAGAGUCACGGCUCCCAAGGUUCCAACAAAAAGGGGAACCAUGGAGGGGGAUCUUUCCGUGCACCUCCGCCACCAUCUAGGGGGAACCAGGGCUCGAGCAGGCAUGACUCGGGGUCACAAGCCUCGGGGACGCCUCGUUGCUUGAAUUGCAAGAAGAGUCACCUCGGAAAAUGCCGUGAACCUCCUAGAUGCUUCCAAUGCGGGAAUACCGGGCAUUUGAAGGCGCAUUGCCCACAAUUGGGCGGGGCAAGGUCAUCGGGACUAAGUAGCGGGGCCACGGGGACGAGAAACCAAGCCCGGGGUUCCCAAUCAACUAGGGGGCAUGGAGGAGCAAGCGCGAGCAACGCGCCAUCGGUGAAUCAAGAAAGGACUCAAGCUAGAGUCUAUGCGAUGACGGAGGCGGAUGCCCAGGCUAACCCAGAUUCGGUUGCAGGUUGAGGCUAGAGCUUGCUUCCUGUGCUCGUUGCUCGAGAGAUCAUAUAGGAGGGAAGACUUGGUUCGUGCUUCCUCCAUUCUGUUUUUAAACAUUAAUAAACAUGCUCAUGGAUAUUUUACUGUAGAGCCUGCGUGCUCAUGAAUAGCCUUGUGUGGCCCCUUUCGUUUUAAACAAUGUUUUCUGCUGCGUUACGAAUUACUUAUUAUGUUUGUUUAUGGAUGUGUAUGUGUGAAUGAUAUUCAAGACGCCUUGUAUAUUAUGAAUGUGUUGGACUGCGGUUGACUAUUCAUAUUGUACGGCGGGUUGUUGACGUGUCCGGAUAGGUCCGGGGCGUGACACCUUGUCCCUGCAUAGACGUUCGUCGGGAUGAGCCGCUGGGCCUGAACUCCCAACCCCAGACGUUCGUCCAUCCUCAAGGAACAUGGGCCUGUGGGCCGCCCUUGUGUCCUAACUGGGCGUGCGUCCUGCAAGAAGGGGUUAGUGGGCCGAACCUCG